GCUUCCCCCUCCCCCUCCCCCUCUUUCUUCUCCUCCCUCAUCGCCGCCGCCGCCGCCGCCGCCGCCGCCGCCUCAGCCGCCUCAGCCUUCGCCUCAGCCGCCGCCGCCGCCCGCUCCCGCCCGCGCGCGGCGGGAUGGACGAUCAAUCCAGGAUGCUGCAGACUCUGGCCGGGGUGAACCUGGCCGGCCACUCGGUGCAGGGGGGCAUGGCCCUGCCGCCUCCCCCUCACGGCCACGAAGGGGCGGACGGCGACGGCAGGAAGCAGGACAUCGGCGACAUCCUCCACCAGAUCAUGACCAUCACCGACCAGAGCUUGGACGAGGCGCAAGCAAAGAAACAUGCCCUGAACUGUCACAGAAUGAAACCCGCGCUCUUCAGCGUCCUGUGUGAGAUCAAAGAGAAAACAGGUCUCAGCAUCAGAGGAGCCCAGGAGGAGGACCCUCCCGAUCCCCAGCUAAUGAGACUGGACAAUAUGCUUUUGGCAGAAGGGGUUUCAGGUCCUGAGAAAGGUGGGGGAUCGGCGGCAGCAGCUGCAGCCGCGGCAGCCUCUGGAGGUUCUUCAGAUAACUCUAUUGAACACUCAGAUUACAGAGCCAAAUUGACCCAGAUCAGACAAAUCUAUCACACAGAACUGGAGAAAUAUGAACAGGCAUGUAAUGAAUUCACUACGCAUGUGAUGAACCUUCUCCGAGAGCAGAGUAGAACACGGCCCAUUUCCCCAAAAGAGAUUGAAAGAAUGGUGGGCAUCAUCCAUCGAAAAUUUAGUUCCAUUCAAAUGCAGCUCAAACAAAGCACGUGUGAAGCAGUUAUGAUUCUGAGAUCAAGGUUCCUUGAUGCCAGACGAAAAAGGCGUAACUUCAGUAAACAGGCCACAGAAAUUUUGAAUGAAUAUUUUUACUCACACCUCAGCAACCCCUACCCCAGUGAAGAAGCCAAAGAGGAGCUGGCCAAGAAAUGCAGCAUCACAGUGUCACAGGUAUCCAACUGGUUUGGCAACAAACGAAUCAGGUACAAGAAGAAUAUCGGCAAGUUUCAGGAAGAAGCCAACCUGUAUGCUGCAAAGACAGCCGUGACAGCAGCACACGCGGUAGCCGCAGCCGUGCAGAACAACCAGACCAAUUCGCCCACCACGCCAAAUUCUGGUUCUUCUGGUUCUUUUAACCUCCCAAAUUCUGGGGACAUGUUCAUGAACAUGCAGAGUCUGAAUGGGGAUUCUUACCAAGGGUCCCAAGUCGGAGCCAAUGUGCAAUCACAGGUGGAUACCCUCCGUCAUGUUAUCAAUCAGACGGGAGGCUACAGUGAUGGCCUUGGAGGAAAUUCACUGUACAGUCCACAUAAUUUAAAUGCUAAUGGAGGCUGGCAGGACGCAACAACUCCAUCUUCUGUGACUUCUCCUACAGAAGGCCCAGGAAGUGUGCACUCUGAUACCUCUAACUAAUCUCUGGCAACACUUUUCCCUGAGCUGACAUGCCUUGAUAAGUGCAUUCAGAGCAAUAGGAGGAAAAGGAAAGCGUUUUUGUAGCCCACCAUCUACAGCUUUACUGUAAAACCUUGUCUUAUUAGAGAACUUGGUAAAUCUGUUUUUUAAGGAAUCAUAAUCAUUUGUAUUUAUACUUAAAAACACACAAUGUUAAAAAAGCACUUUAUCCAAUUAGGCCAAGAUUUAACAUUGUUGACAGUCCUGUAGCUAUUUUAUCAUAAUUUAUUAUCAAUAUUUUACAUUAAUGGUUUCACAGUUGCCAAUUACUUGGCCUUAAGGGUAAAAAGUACAAUAUAUGCUAGACCUCAAUCGUUAAGCAGAUGCAAAGAUUCACCUCACCUAAAUUGAACUUCUUUUGCAUAUUUCCAUUGCAGACUUUGAUUUUCUUUCAUAUCACUAAUGGAGUUGGAAUAAAGGAGGUGUUUGGCUAUCUCUGUUAAUGAUGGUUGUGUUUAAGAAUCUUCCUCGUCACAUUGUGUUGCGAUCGCUUAUGUUAUAAUUAGAUCAGAGACUGGUAGCAUCUUUUCUCUCUCUGAAAGCACCAGUGCCCAGAGUCUGCUCGGUAAUUAAAUUAUGGAUCCAGAUUUGUUCUGGGAGAUGAAGAUACUUGCUGCUGAUAGAGGUGAACGCGAGAUCUGUUGGGGGUUUUACGGUGUGUGCUGGGUGCUGCACAGACUUGUCAAGGUUUGCUACGUCCUCUGGGCAUUGACAAAGGCCCUGCUCUCUGGAGUGUUGUAUAUAGUGUAGCAAAAGAGUAUUUAUACAUCUCACCAAUCAAAACACAGCUUUAUUACCUCAUGCGAACUCAUACAAACCAAUAGAAUUUCAACAUGUUCUGUAGCUUAGAGUGCUCACUUACUACCUCUGAACAAUACUCACGCUGUACUUUGUCUCUUUCUUAUCUUUUUGCAUCUUGUAAUUAACUCUUUGUUUCCAUUCAUAAAAUGUAAUGUACAUUGUAAUCUUUUAAAAGAAAAAUCAGGGUUGCAUUUGCAACUUUUAGAAAACCGAGAGUGGAAACAUUGGGUCUUAACACAGGAUCAGUAAAACUGUUGUAAAUACUGAGCAAACAUUUUGAAUGUUCUUCAUCUUGUUACUAAUCCAUGCAUAAAAAAAAGAAAAAAAAAAGCGGCGACUAAUUGUGAUGCAUUCAGAUUUCAGUAUUCAGUACUGUAUAUUUCACCCUGUGUAAUGGGGCCCCCCCUCCUUUCUUUUUGUAUUGUAUGCGAUUCUGAAACUGAUUGAGUCAUGAAAAUAAUUUGUGGCGGUGAUUCUAAUGUAUUAAAAACGUUUCGUGUUCCUUUCUAACUGGAUUACACCCUGGAUUGAAAAAGUCUUCCUCGUGGUAGUUAUAUGUAGUUUCAAACAUGAAUAAACUUUUUGCUUUCAUGAUUAAA